GUCUGCGCACGCGCGCAGGGACACAUAGGCGGAAGUGUCCCGCGGGCGCCGGAGUUGAGAGUGGUUUCCGGGGAGGCGACCGCCGAGGUGGAAAGUGCAGGAGUGGUAGAGGAGGAGGAGGAAGAGGAGGUGAUGGCGACGGACCUGGGGAGGGGGAGAUGCUCCGUCUGGCUGAGGCGCUACCCAGGCUGCGGUCACCCUUCCGGGUGACAUACCGGCCUUGGGGUACGCGUGCCUUCGGGGCCUUUCCUGUGUUUGGGACCCAGAUCUCCUCUCCUCCAGAAAACCUUGACACUGUCCAUCUUCCUCAUUCAGCCAAGGAGCAUUAGAGGAGUGGAUGAGGUCGGGAUGGAAGGAACGGGUGACUCCCUUUUUUUAAAGAGCGGAAACCAGCCGGGCGGUUUCCAGGGAGGAGCAUCUGUACCUCCUCGCCCGUUUCUCGCCCUCGGGCUGGCGAGACCUCCCUCAGAUCCCAAUCCGUGGACUCGCAGGGGCCAUGAUUGAUUCCGGAGCGCAGUUAAUCAAGGCAUAAUGGCAUGGACUUGACACAGCAAGCAAGAGACAUACAGAACAAAAGAGUUGAGGAAACCAACAAAGAUAACUCUGAAAGCAUUGAAUGCAGCAAAAUAACAAUGGAUCUCAAGUUCAACAAUUCCAGGAAAUAUAUUUCUAUCACUGUGCCAUCCAAAACCCAAACAAUGUCACCACACAUCAAGUCAAUUGACGACAUCGUGGUGCUUGGCAUGAAUCUCAGCAAGUUUAACAAACUUACUCAGUUUUUCAUAUGUGUUGCUGGAGUUUUUGUAUUUUACCUAAUUUAUGGGUAUUUACAGGAAUUAAUAUUUUCAGUGGAGGGUUUUAAGUCCUAUGGCUGGUACCUUACCUUAGUGCAGUUUGCCUUUUACUCCAUAUUUGGCCUAAUAGAACUUCAGCUUAUUCAGGACAAAAGGAGGAGAAUACCAGGAAAAACCUACAUGAUAAUAGCUUUUCUAACUGUGGGUACUAUGGGGUUAUCAAACACUUCCUUGGGCUACCUGAAUUACCCUACCCAAGUCAUCUUCAAGUGCUGCAAAUUGAUUCCUGUUAUGCUAGGAGGAGUUUUUAUUCAAGGAAAGCGUUACAAUGUUGCAGAUGUGUCUGCUGCCAUAUGUAUGAGCCUUGGCCUGAUAUGGUUUACCCUCGCUGACAGCACAAUUGCACCAAAUUUCAACCUGACAGGUGUGGUGCUUAUUUCCCUGGCCUUAUGUGCAGAUGCUGUCAUUGGAAAUGUUCAAGAGAAAGCUAUGAAACUUCAUAAUGCUUCCAAUUCUGAAAUGGUAUUGUAUUCGUAUUCAAUUGGUUUUGUAUACAUUUUACUGGGAUUGACAUGCACUAGUGGAUUAGGCCCUGCAGUAACAUUCUGUGCAAAGAAUCCAAUUCGGACCUAUGGUUAUGCAUUCCUUUUUUCCCUCACUGGAUAUUUUGGAAUCUCCUUUGUUCUGGCUUUGAUUAAAAUUUUUGGUGCACUUAUUGCUGUAACAGUGACAACAGGAAGAAAAGCAAUGACCAUUGUACUUUCGUUUAUAUUCUUCGCUAAACCAUUCACAUUUCAGUAUGUAUGGUCUGGUUUCUUAGUUGUCCUUGGUAUAUUUCUCAAUGUUUACAGCAAAAAUAUGGAUAAAGUAAGACUACCAUCACUGUAUGAUUUGAUAAACAAAUCAGUGGAAGCAAGAAAGUCAAGGACGCUGGCACAAACUGUAUAGACAGUGAUUUGUCCUAUUUAAAAUAGAAUUUUAAGGGAACAAUCAAUUAACUUUCCAAAGGGACUGAUAAAAACCAAAGGAUCUGGAGGCAUUGCUAUCCCCUUUGUGGAUAGAUUUCAUAUGAAGUUAUUUGCGGUGUCAGGCUUUUCUUCAGAGCACUUGUUUGACUGACUUCCAAAGCGACCAAGACAGCCGCAUCUAGCACGCUUUACAAUAAAAUGUCAAUAUGAAGGACUGUAAUUCCUAGCAUUUUAUUAAGAAUUUCACUGGAAAUGGACCACGUGUUGCAAGACUAACUGGCUAUAAUUAUGACAUAUCAAAGAAAUCGAUAUGUAAUAGCAGAUUGUUUUAUAUUCAUUCCAUUUUGAUGGUGUUAUUUAAAUUGAUUCUCUGUUAUAAGAGUAAACUGAUGAGUUGAAGUCUGGAGAGAAUAACAUUCAUUAUAAAUAAAAUUAUUCUGUGAUCUUUU